GCAAUGUACAGUUGGCCUGAUGAGCCUUUUGAAGAAAUGGAUAGCACUUUAGCAGUACAACAAGUAAGUGUUUCCGUACUUUCCGUGAUUGUGUACCGAUGUAAAAGUGUAUAUUAAGUUCGAAAAUUCAAUCUACAAAGAACUUUUAAUUUGGCGAUUUUUUUUGUAACCUAAGAAGGACCAGCAUUUACAUGCAGAUUGGAUGUGAAUACUUUGUAUUGCUUGAAAUAUAUUAAGUGUAUUGGUUAACCAACUGUUUUGGCGAUAUGGUUAGUUUUAGCCGAGAAAAUCGAAGCUAAUGUUUAUGUAAAUAUCACGAAUAAGUCCUGAUAAUAGAUCAUGAUGAACGAAUAUUUUUUGAACAUGCGUUGUAGCUGUCCAGCUUGAAUGUUGAACUAUAUACACCAUGAAUGUUGAACUAUAGAAUGUUGAUGUGCACGCGAGCAACUAAUUACACACGUGACUUGCAUGGGUCGCUCAACCAACAUGGGCAAAGCGAUCGUAGAAUGGAAAAGAAAACGGAAUUUACAGAUAUUGAUUGAUUAAACAUGCUUUUCUAUUGAAUUUUGUAAGUAGUAUUUUAAGCUUGUGUCAUAACCUCGUAUCAAACCUAUACCAAGUUUGGCCUUUGUUAUUGUAGUAUAUCCAGCAAUUGAUCAAAUCUGAUUUUGAAAACAUAUCGUUGAUAUUGGAGCCACCCGAGGGACAAGAUUUGGGUGUGUGGAAAUAUGAACAUUUAAGGUACAUUAAUGAUCUCAUAUGAUGCUUAAUUAACAAUGCUGGGGUUAGCAUCAGCCAUAAUUGUGCAGAAUAGGCAUGCAGCAUUACAGUACCUACUAGCUAGUAUUACCCGUUGCCGAUCGGUAGGGAUGGAGAUGGUAGCACGGCGAAGCGAACGAGCUUGGCGAAUGCGAACGAGCUUUUGGCGAAGCGAUCAUGCUAG